AUGUGAAACACCGCCUAUAAUUUAGGCGGGUUAUGUGAAAUUAACCAAAUUGUUUAGGCAUAAAAUAUUAACGUUCAAAAACACUGAACACCUGCACCAAGAAAAGGAUAAGGCAAUAUUGGCAUCCAGAGCUGAAAAAGCUAGCAAUGGGAAGAGGAGGAGCAGGAACAGUGGUAAUAGCAGAAAAUAUUCCUCUGCUCAGAAAUCAUCAAAAAGAAUCAGAUGGCGAUCACAUCAAGAGAACUGGAACUGUGAAUACUGCCGUUGCUCACAUUAUAACCGCAGUGAUAGGAUCAGGAGUUCUAUCAUUAGCUUGGAGUGUUGCUCAAUUAGGUUGGAUUGCAGGUCCUACUGCUAUUCUCUUCUUUGCAGCAGUCACUUUAGUCAAUACCAGAUUGCUUGCUGACUGUUACAGAUCUCCUGAUCCUGAGUAUGGCCAUAUCAGGAAUUUAUCAUAUAUGAGCGCCGUGAAACAAACUUUAGGUGAGAAGAGUCUGUGGUUUUGUGCAUUCUUCCAGCAUACCGUCAUAUACAUUGAUAACUGUAAGAAGUUCCACCUGUAA